GCGCGCAGAGGAGCGGGCCGCGGCUGGAGGGCGGCCGGAGCGCAGCCCCGCCAUGGGCUUCCUGCACCAGCUGCAGCUGCUGCUCUGGAAGAACGUGACGCUGAAGCGCCGGAGCCCGUGGGUCUUGGCCUUCGAGAUCUUCAUCCCUCUGGUCCUCUUCUUCAUUCUGCUGGGGCUGCGGCAGAAGAAACCCACGAUCUCUGUGAAGGAAGUCUCUUUCUACACGGCAGCACCGCUCACGUCUGCGGGCAUCUUGCCCGUCAUGCAGUCUCUGUGCCCGGAUGGCCAGCGAGAUGAGUUUGGCUUCCUGCAGUACGCCAACUCCACGGUCACUCAGCUUCUGGAGCGCCUCAACCGCGUGGUGGAGGAGGGUAACCUGUUUGACCCGGCACGGCCCGGCUUGGGCUCGGAGCUUGAGGCCCUGCGCCAGCACCUGGAGGCCCUCCGCUCGGGCCCGGACUCCUGGGAGAGCCUUCAGGAAAGACCUGCAGUGUCCUCCUUCUCACUGGGCUCGGUGGCCAGGGACCCACGGGAGCUCUGGCAUUUCCUGAUGCAGAAUCUGUCGCUGCCUAACAGCACGGCCCAGGCCCUCCUGGCUGCCCGGGUGGACCUGCCUGAGGUCUAUCACAUGGUUUUUGGCCCUUCGCCUGCCCUAGAUGUGGGGUCAGGACUCCCCAGGGGUCAGGAGCCCUGGACCAAUCCCCUAUUCCGGAUGGAGGAGCUGCUGCUUACACCUGCCCUCCUGGAGGAGCUCACGUGUGCCCGGGGCUCUGGGGAGCUGGGCCGGAUCCUCACGGUGUCCCCGGGGCAGCAGAUGGCGCUGCAGGGCUACCGGGAUGCCGUCUGCAAGGGGCAGGCCGCAGCCCGCGCCCGGCGCUUUUCGGGGCUGGCUGCCGAGCUCCACAACCAGCUGGAUGUGGCCAAGAUGGCACAGCAGCUGGGCCUGGACGCCCCCAACGGCUCGGCCCCCCAGCCGCCGCCCCCACAGAGGCUGCAGGCGCUGCUGGAGGACCUGCUGGACGCCCAGAAAGUUCUGCAGGAUGUGGACGUCCUCUCGGCCCUGGCCCUGCUGCUGCCGCAGGGCGCCUGCGCCCGGCGCGCUCCGGGGCCCCCGGCCAGCGGCCCCGGCAGGACGGCCAACGGCACGGGCUCCAACUCCACGGCGGAGGAGGGGGCGCCGUCCGCUGCGGCUCCCGCCGCCUCCGACGCGCUGCAGGGCCAGUGCUCGGCCUUCGUGCAGCUCUGGGCCGGGCUGCAGCCCAUCCUGUGCGGCAACAACCGCACCAUCGAGCCCGAGGCCCUGCGGCGGGGCAACAUGAGCUCCCUGGGCUUCACCAGCAAGGAGCAGCGGAACCUGGGCCUCCUCGUGCACCUCAUGACCAGCAACCCCAAGAUCCUGUACGCGCCCGCGGGCUCCGAGGCCGACCGCGUCAUCCUCAAGGCCAACGAGACCUUUGCCCUUGUAGGCAACGUGACUCACUAUGCCCAAGUGUGGCUCAACAUCUCUGCCGAGAUCCGCAGCUUCCUGGAGCAGGGCAGGCUGCAGCAGCACCUGCACUGGCUGCAGCAGUAUGUGGCAGACUUGCGGCUGCACCCGGAGGCGCUGAACCUGUCGCUGGAGGAGCUCCCGCCGGCCCUGCGACAGGACAACUUCUCGCUGCCCAACGGCUCGGCGCUCCUGCAGCAGCUGGACACCAUCGACAACGCGGCCUGUGGCUGGAUCCAGUUCAUGUCCAAGGUGAGUGUGGACAUCUUCAAGGGUUUUCCCGACGAGGAGAGCAUCGUCAACUAUACCCUCAACCAGGCCUACCAGGACAAUGUCACCGUGUUUGCCAGCGUGAUCUUCCAGACCCGAAAGGACGGCUCCCUGCCGCCGCACGUGCACUACAAGAUCCGCCAGAACUCCAGUUUCACCGAGAAAACCAACGAGAUCCGCCGGGCCUACUGGCGGCCGGGCCCCAACACCGGCGGCCGCUUCUACUUCCUGUAUGGCUUCGUCUGGAUCCAGGACAUGAUGGAGCGUGCCAUCAUCAACACCUUCGUGGGGCACGACGUGGUGGAGCCCGGCAACUACGUGCAGAUGUUUCCCUACCCCUGCUACACGCGCGACGACUUCCUGUUUGUCAUCGAGCACAUGAUGCCUCUCUGCAUGGUGAUCUCCUGGGUCUACUCAGUGGCCAUGACCAUCCAGCACAUCGUAGCGGAGAAGGAGCACCGGCUGAAGGAGGUGAUGAAGACGAUGGGCCUGAACAAUGCGGUGCACUGGGUGGCCUGGUUCAUCACGGGCUUUGUGCAGCUCUCCAUCUCGGUGACGGCACUCACGGCCAUCCUCAAGUACGGCCAGGUUCUCAUGCACAGUCACGUGCUCAUCAUCUGGCUCUUCCUGGCCGUCUAUGCGGUGGCCACCGUCAUGUUCUGCUUCCUGGUGUCUGUGCUGUACUCCAAGGCCAAGUUGGCCUCGGCCUGCGGGGGUAUCAUCUACUUCCUGAGCUACGUGCCCUACAUGUACGUGGCGAUCCGUGAGGAGGUGGCCCACGAUAAGAUUACCGCCUUCGAGAAGUGCAUCGCGUCCCUGAUGUCCACCACAGCCUUCGGCCUGGGCUCCAAGUACUUUGCCCUGUAUGAGGUGGCAGGAGUGGGCAUCCAGUGGCACACGUUCAGCCAGUCGCCUGUGGAAGGUGAUGACUUCAACCUGCUCCUGGCUGUCACCAUGUUGAUGGUGGAUGCGGCCGUCUACGGUGUGCUCACGUGGUACAUCGAGGCAGUGCACCCAGGCAUGUACGGGCUCCCGCGGCCCUGGUACUUCCCACUGCAGAAGUCCUACUGGCUGGGCAGCGGGCGCACCGAGGCGUGGGAGUGGAGCUGGCCGUGGGCUCGCGCCCCCCGCCUCAGCGUCAUGGAGGAGGACCAGGCCUGUGCUAUGGAGAGCCGGCGCUUGGAGGAGAUGCGGGGCAUGGAGGAGGAGCCCACCCACCUGCCGCUGGUGGUCUGCGUGGACAAGCUCACCAAGGUGUACAAGAACGACAAGAAGCUGGCCCUAAACAGGCUGAGCCUGAACCUCUAUGAGAACCAGGUGGUGUCCUUCCUGGGACACAACGGGGCAGGGAAGACGACGACCAUGUCCAUCCUCACAGGCUUGUUCCCGCCGACCUCGGGCUCGGCCACCAUCUACGGGCACGACAUCCGCACGGAGAUGGACGAGAUCCGCAAGAACCUGGGCAUGUGUCCACAGCACAACGUGCUCUUUGACCGGCUCACGGUGGAGGAGCACCUCUGGUUCUACUCGAGGCUCAAGAGCAGGGCCCAGGAGGAGAUCCGCAAGGAGAUGGACAAGAUGAUCGAGGACCUGGAGCUGUCCAAUAAGCGGCACUCGCUGGUGCAGACGCUGUCGGGGGGCAUGAAGCGCAAGCUCUCCGUGGCCAUCGCCUUUGUGGGCGGCUCCCGCGCCAUCAUCCUGGACGAGCCCACGGCCGGCGUGGACCCCUAUGCACGCCGAGCCAUCUGGGACCUCAUCCUGAAGUACAAGCCGGGCCGCACCAUCCUGCUGUCCACCCACCACAUGGACGAGGCUGACCUGCUGGGGGACCGAAUAGCCAUCAUCUCCCACGGGAAGCUCAAGUGCUGUGGCUCCCCGCUCUUCCUCAAGGGCGCCUAUGGGGACGGUUACCGCCUCACUCUGGUCAAGCGGCCUGCUGAGCCUGGGGACCCCCAAGAGCCAGGGCUGACGGCCAGCCCCCCAGGCCGCACCCAGCUGAGCAGCUGCUCGGAGCCCCAGGUCUCCCAGUUCAUCCGAAAGCACGUGGCCUCCUGUCUGCUCGUCUCCGACACCAGCACAGAGCUCUCCUACAUCCUGCCUAGUGAGGCGGCCAAGAAGGGUGCUUUCGAGCGUCUCUUCCAGCAUCUGGAGCGCAGUCUGGACACGCUGCACUUGAGCAGCUUCGGGCUGAUGGACACCACGCUGGAGGAGGUGUUCCUCAAGGUCUCAGAGGAGGACCAGUCUCUGGAGAACAGUGAGGCAGAUGUGAAGGAGUCCAGGAAGGACAUGCUGCCAGCGGCCGAGGGCCCGUCAGGGGAGGCGCACGCUGGCGAUCUGGCGCGGAGCACAGAGCUGGCUCAGUCACAGGUGUCGCUGCAGUCUGCGUCCUCCGUGGGCUCUGCCCGUGGGGACGAGGGAGCCACCUACGCAGAUGUCUAUGGCGACUACCGCCCCCUCUUCGACAACGCGCAGGACCCAGACAACGUCAGCCUGCAAGAAGCGGAGGCAGAGGCCCUCACGAGGGUCGGCCAAGGCAGCCGCAAGCUGGAGGGCUGGUGGCUGAAGGUGCGCCAGUUCCACGGACUCUUGGUGAAGCGUUUCCACUGUGCUCGCCGCAACUCCAAGGCGCUGUCCUCCCAGAUCCUGCUCCCCGCCUUCUUUGUCUGCGUGGCCAUGACCGUGGCCCUCUCCGUCCCCGAGAUUGGUGACCUGCCGCCGCUGGUGCUGUCACCCUCCCAGUACCACAACUACACCCAGCCGCGCGGCAACUUCAUCCCCUACGCCAAUGAGGAGCGCCAGGAGGACCGACUGCGACUGUCGCCGGACGCCAGCCCGCAGCAGCUCGUGAGCACAUUCCGGCUGCCGUCGGGCGUGGGCGCCACCUGUGUGCUGAAGUCUCCCGCCAAUGGCUCGCUGGGGCCCACGCUGAACCUGAGCAGCGGCGAGUCGCGGGUGCUGGCCGCCAGGUUCUUCGACAGCAUGUGCCUGGAGUCCUUCACGCAGGGGGUGCCGCUGUCCAACUUCGUGCCGCCCCCACCCUCACCUGCUCCAUCCGACUCCCCUGUGUCCCCAGAGGAGGACCCGCUGCAGGCCUGGAACGCUUCCCUGCCCCCCACCUCCGGGCCAGACAACUGGACGUCGGCACCCUCCCUGCCACGCCUGGUGCGGGAGCCUAUCCGCUGCACCUGCUCUGCGCAGGGCACCGGCUUCUCCUGCCCGGGAGGUGUGGGGGGCCGCCCGCCCCAGAUGCGGGUGGUCACAGGAGACAUCCUGACCGACAUCACCGGCCACAACGUCUCAGAGUACCUGCUCUUCACCUCUGACCGCUUCCGGCUGCACCGGUACGGGGCCAUCACCUUUGGCAACGUCCAGAAGUCCAUCCCUGCCUCGUUUGGUGCCCGGGCCCCUGCCACGUUGCGGAAGAUCGCGGUGCGCAGGGCGGCUCAGGUUUUCUACAACAACAAGGGCUACCACAGCAUGCCCACCUACCUCAACAGCCUCAACAACGCCAUCCUGCGCGCCAACCUGCCCAGGAGCAAGGGCAACCCGGCAGCCUACGGCAUCACCGUCACCAACCACCCCAUGAACAAGACGAGUGCCAGCCUCUCCCUGGAUUACCUGCUGCAGGGCACAGACGUGGUCAUUGCCAUCUUCAUCAUUGUGGCCAUGUCCUUCGUGCCAGCCAGCUUUGUGGUCUUCCUGGUGGCCGAGAAGUCUACCAAGGCCAAGCACCUGCAGUUUGUCAGUGGCUGCAACCCCGUCAUCUACUGGCUGGCCAACUACGUGUGGGACAUGCUUAACUACCUGGUCCCAGCCACCUGCUGUGUCAUCAUCCUGUUUGUGUUCGACUUACCGGCCUACACGUCGCCCACCAACUUCCCCGCCGUGCUCUCUCUCUUCCUGCUCUAUGGGUGGUCUAUCACCCCCAUCAUGUACCCGGCCUCCUUCUGGUUCGAGGUGCCCAGCUCCGCCUACGUGUUUCUCAUCGUCAUCAACCUCUUCAUUGGCAUCACGGCCACAGUGGCCACGUUCCUGCUGCAGCUCUUUGAGCAUGACAAGGACUUGAAGGUUGUCAACAGUUACCUGAAAAGCUGCUUCCUCAUCUUCCCCAACUACAACCUGGGCCACGGGCUCAUGGAGAUGGCGUACAACGAGUACAUCAAUGAGUACUACGCCAAGAUCGGCCAGUUCGACAAGAUGAAGUCUCCGUUCGAGUGGGACAUUGUCACCAGGGGGCUGGUGGCCAUGACAGUCGAGGGCUUCGUGGGCUUCUUUCUCACCAUCAUGUGCCAGUACAACUUCCUGCGGCAGCCACAGCGAAUGCCAGUGUCUACCAAGCCUGUGGAGGACGAUGUGGAUGUGGCCAGCGAGCGGCAGCGAGUGCUGCGGGGGGACGCUGACAAUGACAUGGUCAAGAUUGAGAACCUGACCAAGGUGUACAAGUCCCGGAAGAUCGGCCGCAUCCUGGCUGUGGAUCGCUUGUGCCUGGGCGUGCGUCCUGGCGAGUGCUUUGGCCUCCUAGGCGUGAACGGUGCGGGCAAGACCAGCACCUUCAAGAUGCUGACGGGCGACGAGAGCACGACGGGGGGCGAGGCCUUUGUCAACGGGCACAGCGUGCUCAAGGAGCUGCUCCAGGUGCAGCAGAGCCUGGGCUACUGCCCGCAGUUCGACGCCCUGUUCGACGAGCUCACGGCCCGGGAGCACCUGCAGCUGUACACGCGACUCCGCGGCAUUCCUUGGAAGGACGAGGCCCGGGUGGUGAAGUGGGCCCUGGAGAAGCUGGAGCUGAGCAAGUGCGCGGACAAGCCGGCGGGCACCUACAGCGGGGGCAACAAGCGGAAGCUGUCCACAGCCAUCGCGCUCAUCGGGUACCCCGCCUUCAUCUUCCUGGAUGAGCCGACCACCGGCAUGGACCCCAAGGCCCGGCGCUUCCUCUGGAACCUCAUCCUCGACCUCAUCAAGACGGGGCGCUCGGUGGUGCUGACGUCACACAGCAUGGAGGAGUGCGAGGCGCUGUGCACGCGGCUCGCCAUCAUGGUGAACGGGCGCCUGCGCUGUCUGGGCAGCAUCCAGCACCUGAAGAACCGGUUCGGAGAUGGAUACAUGAUCACCGUGCGGACCAAGAGCAGCCAGAACGUGAAAGACGUGGUGCGAUUCUUCAACCGCAACUUUCCAGAGGCUGUGCUUAAGGAGCGUCACCACACGAAGGUGCAGUACCAGCUCCAGUCGGAGCACAUCUCGCUGGCCCAGGUGUUCAGCAAGAUGGAGCAGGUGGUGGGCGUCCUGGGCAUCGAGGACUACUCGGUCAGCCAGACCACCCUGGACAACGUGUUCGUGAACUUCGCCAAGAAGCAGAGCGACAACCUGGAGCAGCAGGAGACAGAGCCCCCCUCGGCCCUGCGGUCUCCCCUGGGCCGCCUGCUCAGCCUGUUCCGGGCCCGGCCUGCCCCCACCGAGCUGCGGGCGCUAGUGGCUGACGAGCCUGAGGAUCUGGACACAGAGGACGAGGGCCUCAUCAGCUUCGAGGAGGAGCGGGCCCAGCUCUCCUUCAACACGGACACACUCUGCUGACCACCAGGCGCUGGCUCAAGGACAUGCAGUGGGGACAGAAGUCAGGAGGUGGCCGAGGCCCCACCCUGUGCCCCCCAGUGCCCGCCCAUGAGGCCCUGGAGUGGGGGCCACUCAAGCCCUCACCUGUCCUCAGCCCUGUCUGAGGCCACUGCGCUGCCCUCCCCUGAUUGUGCCAAAGGUUGGCCUGGCCCUGGGCCGCACACGCCCUCACCCUGCUCUGCCUUAAAGCCUUGGGGUCUGGCCGACCCCUGGCCUCUGCCCCUGUCCAGCUCUGCCCACCACCCCCAGGGCCACCAGGUGCCACCAGACUGUCUGCUGGCCAGGCCUGACCUCCUGAAUGGCCUUUCUCUGACACCCAAUACUGAUGGGCCGACCUGGGGCGGAGGAUGGGGGCUGGGUUAGGUCCCGCCCCUGGGCCCUUAUUUAUUUUGCUUUAGGAAGAGGUUCCCUCAUCCUGCUGUCAUUUGGGGAGGCCCCCACCCGAGGGAAGCGGUGGGCUUGGGCCAGGGAGGGGCUGCCUCAAGGGGGUGGCCCGGGUAGCAGGAAUGGAGAAGCUGGCCCCACUGGCCAGGUGAGGGGCAGAUCCCCUCCCCAACCCCUCCAGCUGCCAUUGCUCUCUCCCACCCAGCUUGGCCCCCUGCACACCCACCCACCCGGGAGCCAGACCUGUACAUAGCGCACAGAUGUUUGUUUUAAAUAAAUAAACAAAAAAGCCAGUGCAAGCCUGCGUGUGAAGAGUGGGGCGCUGGGGUGAACAUGGGCGCUCUUGAGGCCAAUAUGGCCCCUGCCCCAGAGGCACAUCUGCAGUGUCCGGGAGCACUGGGCCCAGGGGGAGGGGGAGGUGGCCGGUUAGCCUGGAGAAGGGGGCGGGCCCCUUAUCCUUCUAAAUAGCUGUUGCUACAGAUGAGGAGACUGAGGCAGGGGCUGUCCAUCACCCCUGCCCACCAUCAUAGCCCAGGCUGCCUGCCUGAAGGAGGCAGGGCCUGAAUGGGCUUCUCUGUGCCGCCGGUGCCCACCCUGCGGGCCUGUGCUCCCUGCCGGCUUCUCCUAGACCCCUGGGCCCAGUGCCCGCUUGGCGUCCGUGGGUGGUGUGUGCAGGGCUGUGUCCCCCUCAUCCAGGAUGUGGGAGAGCUUUCAGGAGGAGAUGACCUCUAGGCUGAGACCAAAGUCUAGGGGGGGGCGUGUGCAAAGGUUGGGGGCAGCGUGGAGGCUCCCGGGAACUGCGGGGUUCAGUGGCAAUGGUGCCUGGAGACCGUGCAGCCACAAGGAAGGAUCCAGAGCCCGCACCUCUCAAGCUUGGCCACGGUCAAGGUCUAGGAGCCUGGAAGGGACACAGAAGAUCCCGCAGGAGGAUGGAGGGCCGCGUGAACAGCUUGUUUCCCAAAACUUUUUACCCCCAGGGGUGGCUGCACAAUGUCGACUUUCUAAUUAUUUCAUCCUUUCUGCAUUUAUUAGCUGGCCUUUUGUUUAAAGAUUUCCACUUUUAGAAAUACA